UUUGUUUCUUUGUGUUUGUUUGUUUGUGUUUGUCUGUUUGUGUUUGAUUGUUUGUUUGUGUUUGUUUGUUUGUAUUUGUUUGUGUUGGUUUGUGUUUUUGUUUGUUUGUUUGUUUGUUUGUGCGUCUCUCUUUCUUAAGUCUCUCUCUUGACAAAUAGUUUUUUUCCUCAAAGUUCUUCCUGGUCAAGUGAAGGUCACAUGAAAACAUGAGUUCAGUGUUUUGCUUAAGGGCACUUUGGCGGACAGACCGAGAACCAAAUAUCUGAAACUAUGCACCUCCUGCCCCUCCUGCACCUCCUGCACCUCCUGCCCCUCCUACACCUCCUGCACCUCCUCCCCCUCCCUCAUGGUGGGCAAACCUCUGUGUUGUGGUUGCAGAUGAACUUGGCUCUAGUCCACGAUCGACAGCACAUCAAGUCGUUCUGGGAAUCGAAGAUCAACUCUGAGUGUCGUGAUGUUGAGAAGGAGCAGCAGAGGAUGAACAAGAGCGCGCUCCAGAAGCUGAGGCAGGAGUGGCUGGUCCGUCUGGAGAACCGGACCAAACACCUGAAGAACCUCAACGAGAACUUUCUGACCCGGGUGUCGACGGAGAAGACGGCCAACCAGCAGUGAUGGAUGGAGCUGUCCCCCAGACGUUCUGGUGUUCUGACAGAAAUAAAAUCCUUGAUCUGA